AUGGCCUUGAGUAGCAGAGACGAGCCAAGGGCGGCCGAGUACGCUGGAGAUGAGGUCUCCGCGCUUGUCCUGGAUCCUGGCUACUCGACCGUGCGUGCGGGCUUUGCUGGGGAGGACACCCCCAAGUCCAUCGUCCCUACGUACUACGCCGAUACAGGGUCACAGAGACUCUUCGGCGAUCACGUUAUCGACGUGCCGCGCCCGAAUGUCUCGAUCCGAAAUCCUAUAUCAAAGGAGGGCAUCGUCGAAGAUUGGGACGCCGCCGAAGCUCUGUGGAAGUACACCUUUGCACACAAGUUGACUGGUGUGAAGUCCAACCGAGUAUUGCAGGAAUGGCUCAAUGACCCCUCCAAAGUCACCGAUCUACAGAAAGAGAUGGCUGAAGCAGUUGAUACGGAAAGAUGCCUAGAGGAUCACCCGUUGUUCAUGACCGAGCCGUCCUGGAACCCGACAAAAGCCCGCGAGAAGUGCGCUGAGAUUGCGCUCGAGUCAUGGGCUGCACCUGCGUUCUACCUGGGGAGAUCCGGAGUCAUGGGAGCCUUCGGCGCUGGGCGCGCAAGUGCGCUCGUCAUCGACUUUGGCGCAUCGCAGCUAUCAGUAACCCCUGUGCACGACGGAACGAUCCUCAAGAAGGGCAUAGUGAAAUCCAACCUGGGCGGCAACUUCUUAUCUUCACAGGUGCGUGCGAUGCUAGCAGCGAACGAACCGCAGCCGAUCAACAUCACACCACACUAUCUGGUCAAAGCGAAGCAACCCGUGGAUGCGGGCCAGGCAGCCAACGCUAUCCUCAAAGAGUUCCCGUCCGGCUUUACACCACCGCAGGACUCUUUCAGGAGGUAUCAGGAAGACAAGGUGGUGCUAGAGUUCAAAGAGAUCGCCUUGCAGGCGUGGACCAACCCUAAUGCACCUUUCAAGGGACAGGGCGAAUUGAUGACCCGGGAGCAACAGUACGCACACCCGUUUGAAUUCCCCGAUGGCUACAAUCAAGCUUUCGCAACCGAACGAUUCCGACUCGUCGAGUCCAUGUUUGAUCCGGGGUGUUACAUCCAGCCUCCACCGGGAUCGGAAGAUGCCAGAGACUACCCAGCGCCGGAUGCACAGAGCACGAUUCCGGCCUUGAUCAGACAGGCGCUAUCCCAAGUUGAUGUCGACAUCCGGCCAUUUUUGUUAGCCAACAUUGUCAUUACUGGUGGGGCGUCUUUGAUCAAAGGUCUGCCAGACCGAAUUCAACAAGAAGUGAGCAAGUUAUAUACUGGGUCGCGGGUGCGGAUCCACGCCCCUGGCAUGGCGGUGGAACGGAAAUACGGCAGUUGGAUUGGUGGCAGCAUCAUGGCCAGCCUUGGGACCUUUCACCAGAUGUGGAUUUCCAAAAAGGAAUAUGAUGAGCAUGGAGCGAGCAUCGUGGAGAAGCGGUGCAAGUGA